AUGCGUUUAGUACCUCGCGAACUUGAUAAACUUGUUCUUCACCAAGUUGGGUUCCUUGCUCAGAAACGUCUUGCACGUGGUGUAAAACUGAAUCAUACUGAAGCGGCGGCUCUUAUCGCUUCACAAUUAAUUGAAUUUAUGAGAGAUGGAAUUUAUUCUGUUUCAGAUUUAAUGAACAUGGGAAAACAAAUGCUUGGAAGACGUCAUGUUCAAACAGAUGUUAUUGAAACAUUAACUGAAGUUCAAGUUGAAGGAACUUUUCCCGACGGAACGUAUCUUGUUACCGUUCAUGAACCAGUUUCCUCUCUUAAUGGAAAUUUAGAAUGGGCACUUUAUGGAAGUUUUUUACCAAUUCCUGAUCAAUCCAAAUUUCCCGCACCUCCUACAGGGAGUCCUUCCGAAUUUGCACCAGGUGCAAUUAUUGUUAAACCUGGUAAAAUUACUUUGAAUAAAGGACGUACUCGAGUAUCCCUUAAAGUAAAAAAUUGUGGAGAUAGACCUAUUCAAGUUGGAUCACAUUAUCAUUUUAUUGAAACGAAUUCUGCACUCGAAUUUGAUAGAAAACUUUCUUAUGGUAAAAGACUUGACAUUCCUGCUGGUUCCGCAGUUCGAUUUGAACCUGGGGAAAUCAAAACUGUCUCCCUUAUUCAAAUUGGUGGUAAAAAAGUUAUUUCAGGAGGAAACGAUCUUGCUUGUGGACCUAUUGAUACUUCACAAGUUGAGAAUAUAGUUAAAAAAUUAAGAAAUCAAGGUUUUAAACAUACUCCUCAAAUUGAAAAUUUCUCAGCUUUCAUGGGAGUUAAACCAUAUACUAUUAAACGAGAAGUUUAUGCGGAUACUUAUGGACCUACAGUUGGUGAUCGAGUAAGAUUAGGAAAUACAGAUUUAUGGAUAGAAAUAGAAAAGGAUUAUACCUUUUAUGGGGAUGAAUGCAAAUUUGGUGGUGGUAAAGUUUUGAGAGAAGGAAUGGGUCAAAAUACAGAUAUUAAUAAAGAAGCUUUAGAUUUAGUUAUUACAAAUGCGAUAAUUCUUGAUUGGAGUGAUAUUGGUAUUAAAGAUGGAAAAAUUAUCGGAAUUGGUAAAGCUGGUAAUCCGGAUAUUAUGGAUGUUACACCUGGUAUGGUUUGUGGAGCUAAUACUGAAGCUCUUGCUGGGGAAGGAAAUAUCUUUACUGCCGGAAUUACAACUCUAAUUGGUGGUGGUACAGGACCCAAUACUGGAACUAAUGCAACUACAUGUACACCAGGAGAAACCCAUCUUGAAAUGAUGUUUUCUUCCACAGACGAUAUGCCAAUGAAUUUUGGAUUUACUGGUAAAGGUAAUUCAUCAGAUGUAGCUGCUUUACAAGAACAAGUUAAUUGUGGAGCUAUGGGUUUGAAAUUACAUGAAGAUUGGGGAUCCACUCCUAAAGCUAUUGAUACAUGUUUAAAGGUUGCUGAAGAAUUAGAUGUUCAGGUAAACAUUCAUACAGAUACUCUUAACGAAUCAGGAUUUGUCGAAGAUUCUAUUGCAGCCUUUAAAAAUCGUACUAUUCAUGCAUAUCAUUCAGAAGGUGCGGGUGGUGGUCACGCACCUGACAUUAUUCGCGUUUGUGGAGAACCUAAUGUUAUUCCAUCAUCAACAAAUCCUACGCGUCCUUAUACAAAUAAUACACUUGAUGAACAUAUUGAUAUGUUAAUGGUGUGUCAUCAUUUAGAUAAGAAUAUUCCGGAAGAUAUUGCAUUUGCAGAAUCAAGAAUUAGAGCUGAAACUAUUGCAGCAGAAGAUGUAUUACAUGAUAUGGGUGCAAUCAGUAUUAUUAGUUCUGAUUCACAAGCUAUGGGUAGAAUUGGUGAAGUAAUUCUUAGAACUUGGAAAACAGCUCAUAAAAUGAAAUUACAAAGAGGAAGAUUAGGUAAUGACCAAGAUGGACUAGUUGACAAUUUCAGAAUUAAGCGUUAUGUUGCUAAAUAUACAAUUAAUCCUGCAAUUGUUAAUGGUGUAAGUCAUUUAAUCGGAUCAAUUGAAGUUGGAAAAGUUGCAGAUUUAGUGAUGUAUUCACCAGCUUUCUUUGGUACAAAACCUGAAAUUAUAAUUAAAUCCGGUAUAAUUGUUUGGUCACAGAUGGGAGAUGCAAAUGCAUCAAUUCCCACUACUCAGCCUGUUAUUUCUAGACCUAUGUUUGGUGCUUAUGGUGGCGCUGCAUCUAAAAAUUCUUAUCUUUUUGUGAGUAAAGCUUCAAUUGAAAAUAAUAAAGUUCAAAAUUAUGGACUUAAAAAGAAGAUUGAACCUGUGGUUAAUUGUAGAAAUAUCAAAAAAUCUGAUAUGAAAUUAAAUGAUGCUUUACCCAAUAUAGAAGUUGAUCCUGAAACUUAUGUUGUUAAAGCUGAUGGAAUUCUUUGUUCCUGUGAUCCUAUUAAAUCUUUACCAUUAACUCAAUCUGUCUAUUUAUUCUAA